GUUUCUGUCUGCGUGUAAAGUGAAAUGGCAGAAGCUAAUGUUCAUUUGUCUCAGGAUCAGUUCAUCUGUUCAAUCUGUCUGGAUCUACUGAAGGAUCCUGUGGCCAUUCCUUGUGGACACAGUUACUGUAUGAGCUGUAUUACAGACUGCUGGGAUCAAGAUGAUCAGAAGAGAGACUACAGCUGCCCUCAGUGCAGACAGACCUUCACUUCAAGACCUGUUUUAAAUAAAAACACCAUGCUGGCUGAAGUGGUGGAGAAACUGAAGAAGACAAAACUACAAGCUGCUCGUCCUGAUCAAUGUGAAGCUGGAGAUGUGAAGUGUGACGUCUGUACUGAGAGAAAACACAAAGCUGUCAAGUCCUGUCUGGUGUGUCUGAACUCUUACUGUCAAAAUCAUUUUAAACUUCAUGAAGAACUUCACUCAGGAAAGAGACACAAAGUGACAGACGCCACUGGACGACUUCAGCAGAUGAUCUGCCCUCAACAUGAGAAACCUUUAGAGAUUUACUGUAAAACUGAUCAGCUCUGUAUAUGUUAUCUGUGUAUGGUGGAUGAACACAAUGAACAUAAGACUGUAUCAGCUGCAGCAGAGAGGACUGAGAAACAGAAAGAACUGAAGGAGACACAGAGAAAAUACCAUCAGAGAAUCCAGGAGAGCCAGAAGAAGCUUCAGGAGCUGAGAGAUGCUGUGGAGACUCAUAAGCGCUCUGCACAGACAGCAGUGGACGACACUGAGAGGAUCUUUACUCAACUGUUCCAAACCAUUGAGAGAAGACGAUCUGAGGUGACACAGCUGAUCAGAGAUCAGGAAAAGACUGCAGUGAGUGAAGCUGAAGGACUCUUGAAGCGACUGGAGCAGGAGAUUGAUGAUCUGAGGAGGAGAGACGCUGAGCUGGAGCAGCUUUCACACACAGAUGAUCACAUCCAUUUCCUCCAGAGUUUUCAGUCUCUCUCUGUUCCUCCUGGAUCUUCAGACUCACUCAGCAUCACUGUCAGCUCUCUCAUCUCUUUUGAUGAUGUAGGAAAAUCUGUGUCUCAUCUGAGAGAGAAACUGGAGGAUUUCUGUAGAGAAGAGAUAGAGAAGAUAUUUAAUAGAGUAACUCCUGAGCCCAAGACCAGGGAGCAGUUCCUUAAAUAUUAUCAUCAGGUCAAUCUGGAUCUAAACACAACACAUAAACGUCUCCGUCUGUCUGAGGGGAACAGAGUGAUUACUAAUACUAACACAGAGCAGCCGUAUCCUGAUCAUCCAGACAGAUUUGAUGAUUAUGCUCAGGUGUUGUGUAGUGAGAGUGUGAGUGGACGCUGUUACUGGGAGGUUGAGUGGAGUGGUCAGGUGUGUAUAUCAGUGUCAUAUAAGAGCAUCAGCAGGAAGGGAUGGAGUCAUGACUCUGUGUUUGGACGUAAUGAUCAGUCCUGGAGUUUGUGGUGCUGUAACUCCAGUUGUUCAUUCUGGCACAAUAACAAUCAAACUAAACUCCCUGUAGUGCUCAGAUCUUCUAGAAUAGGAGUUUAUGUGGAUCACAGUUCAGGAUCUCUGUCCUUCUACAGCGUCUCUGACACAAUGACCCUCAUCCACAGAGUCAACACCACAUUCACUCAACCUCUCUAUCCUGGUUUUUUUGUUAGGGGAUCAGUGAAACUGUGUGAUAUAACAAUAUAGAUGAUACAGAGAUUGUCAUAGAAGUUUGAAAUUAAUGAUUAAUCAACAACCAUGAUGUGUCAAGCAUAUUAUUUUUAAUCAUUAUUAUUGAGUAUCCCACUGCAAGUUUCUUGUUCUUGUUCUUGUCAGCAUAAAUGUAUUAUUUAAGCAUUUUGGCAUUUGCCUCUAGGCGGCGAUAAAGUUUAAAGUAAAAGUUUAAAUCCUUGGCGUUAAUCGUUUCAGAGUUUUUAUUUGAAGGAUGCCUUCUUCCAAAAACUUUUGAGAUCUAAAAAGUAAACAUAUUUUAAAUAUAAUAUCAAGGAAAUUAUAAAAUGCCACCUGUGUUCACACAUUCCAUGUGUUCCGUAGUUUAAAACAUUAUUGUGAUAUACACUGUACAGUGAGAAUAUAUUUCUGUCUCAUAGGAAAAUGAAUCAUGGUUUUAAUACAGUAUUGUAACCAUGUUUUUUUGGCAGAUUGAUAACCAUUUUACUCACCAUAGUUUUACUAGAAAAUCAUUGGUUUUUUUAAGUGUUAUUAAGUGAUGUAGAAAAAAUGGCUGUACUUUUUAGUGUAAAAACAAAAUUUUAUUAAAGUUAAUUUUUGCAGUUAAUGAUGCAGUAAUUUGAAUUAAUAAAUACAAUUGUAUCUCUCACGGUAAAGCAUUUUUAGUAAUAUUUUAUCUUAUUGAAUAACAAAGUUCUUAAAUGUUCUGCCAUAAAUCCUAUCAAAUCUCUACCAAACUUUCUGAAAUACCCACUUUUAAACUUAACUUUAGUUUACAUGCAUGCACCUGUCAUUUACUUGAGGAUGCUUCUUGUGAAUCAAAAUUUACAUUUUUCAUUUAAGUGUACUAAACUGUGCUCUUUUGAAACAUCAUUUAUUUUAAUAGGCCUAGACUAAAAUCAAUUAUUUCUUUAUUACUGGUAUUUAGUAUAAUUUUGUAUACAUUUUAGGUGCACUAGGGUACUAGGUAGACUAUACAUUUAAUUAGUAUUUGUAGUGUACAACAUUUACACUUUAAUUUACCACAAAAAUAGCAAUGGCACCGAUUCGCCAGGUUCCUCCCUCACUUAACACACCAGAUUACACUCACUGGAAUUCUAAUCACCGUCAUUUGUCACCCAUCAUCACCGCACCACUAUUUAUGUUGGUUUGAGAAAGCCAACAUACUGUUGUUGCACUUAAACUUUUUUUUAUUCUUCUUUUUCUUCUGAGCUACAAAAUUUCUAACUUUAACUCCUCCUAGAGCUGUCAAGCUACAGCCACCAAACUUUGCACAGACUCUGGGCCCUAUUUUAACGAUCUGAAACGCAAGUAUGAAGCGCAAAGCGCAAGUGAGUUUGUGGGCGGAUCUUGGGCGCUGUUGCUAUUUUCCCGGCGUGAGAAAUAACUCUUGCGCCGGGCGCAAAUCAAUAAGAGGUUGGUCUGAAGUAGGUUCAUUAUUCAUAGGUGUGGUUUGGGCGUAACGUCAAAUAAACCAAUCAGAACGCUAUCCAACAUUCCCUUUAAACGCAAGGGCGCAAGUUCCAUGGCGGGUUGCUUUUAUUAUGACGGAUUUACCAGGCUUACGCCAGCAGCGGUUUACAGCCGAGGAGACCCACGUUCUUGUAAGAGCAGUCAAAGACAGAGAAGUUGUUUUGUAUGGGGAUAGGAGAAACUCGCCCAAAUCAGCGUAGGUUAAACAGGCGUGAGAGGAAAUAGCCACAGUCUCCUCAGCUGGCAUCCUUGUUGUGCCAAGCGCUACAAUGAUGUCAGGAGACGGGGGAAUCCCAAGCUUGCCAACAUAAAUCGGGCACGCCGUGUAACGGGAGGUGGAUCUGCCUCUACACAGAACCUGACGCCAGCAGAGGACAUCGCUGCGUCCACCCUCACCGCUGAAAGGGUUUGGGGGCUUUGAAAUCGGACCCAAGAAACGCAAGCAAGGUCCAACCCUAAAGUACUCUUACAAAUCUAGUUCAUAUACAUUAAGGUUUCUUAUGAAAACAUUUUAAUUAUUAUUUACUUAAAAUAAACGUAAUACAGCCACACAACAAACUUAUGAAAAUAUUUUAAUCGUUAUUUGCAUGAGAAUUUUUUAACGCAGCCACACAAUAAAUAAAAACUAUCACCACAAUGCUCACCACAAUGAUCCUUAUCUCGUGUAUUAAUAUUUUUUAGUGUAACAAUUUAUGAUUUGCAAAAAUAACUGUUGCAUCUGUGUAGAUUAGAUGCAAAGUGUAUGCGCGUUGUGCACGCUAUACAUUAUGGUCAAGCAUGCGCCCUUAAAAUAGCAUAAUGAACAACGCGCAACAAGCCACUGACUUUAAACUUUUUUUUUCUGGUCAGUGGCGCAAUUGUUUUUUGAAACUGCAAAAUAGCACCAGGGAUGGUUUGCGCCGGAACACGCCUCCUUUUUUGCGCUGAACCGCCCAGGGAGCGCAAGUUCAUUCCCUAGUUUGCCGACGUGCGUCUGUGGAGGGAAAAAACGCUGUGCGCCGGUGCAAAAUACGAAUGAUACAUGCGUCACUGACAAAGUCAAUUGCGCUGGCUGCAAGAUAGGGCCUCUUGAGUCUAAUCUGACUUGAGUUGCUUUAUCUUUUCUAAGGGAUCGGACUUACUGUUCUCCUAAACUGUCCGAUCAAGCAUCCCAAAAAAGGUCCCAUAGACUUACACUCAUAGAAUGUUUAGGCUGAGUGUUUAUUUUUAAAUUCUAACUUUCAACUCUCAUACAUACAAAUACAUUACAUCAUCAUCUCUCAAUCUCUCUCAGUCUCACAAAACUCACUCAAUAGCACAAACACACACAACUACACACACACACAAUAUUACACACACACAAACACACACACAAUAUUACACACACAAACACAUUAUUACACACACACAAACAUACUCACACAAACACACACAUAAAUCCCCCAAAUGCCCCAUUCUGUCCCAACUGCCAUAUUCUGCCCCGAAUGCCCCAUUCUGCCACAAUGGCCCUAUUCUGCCCCAGAUGCCCCAACCGCCCCAUUCUGCCACAAUUGCCCUAUUCUGCCCCAGAUGCCCCAACUGCCCAAUUCUGCCCCAACUGCCCAAUUCUGCCCCAACUGGCCCAUUCUGCCCCAUAUGCCCCAACUGCCACAUUCUGCCCCAACUGCCCUAUUCUGCCCCAAAUGCUCCAUUCUGCCCCAACUGCCCUGAAUGCCCCAACUGCCCUGAAUGCCCCAACUGCCCUGAAUGCCCCCAACUGCCCUGAAUGCCCCAACUGCCAUAAAUGCCCCAACUGCCCCAUUCUGCCCCAACUGCCCCAUUCUGCCCCAAAAUGCGCCAUCUGCCCCAAACACCCAUUUCUGCCCCAAACACCCAAAUGCCCCAUUCUGCCCCAAAUGCCCCAUUGCCCCAAAUGCUCCAUUCUGCCCCAAACGCCCCAUUCUGCCCCAAACGCCCCAUUCUGCCCCAACUGCCAUGAAUGCCCCAACUGCCCUGAAUGCCCCAACUGCCCUGAA